AUGAUUAUUGGUAUACAAUACCAGAAAUCACUUGCUGAGAUUUCCUUAUCUCAUACCUCGGAGGCCUAUCGUGUGGUAUUUCAAGAUCUUGAAAAGGAAAAAUCCAAAGUACAACAGCUGGAAUUUUCCGUCAAUGAUCUUCAUCCAACGGUUGGGUUGGUACUUGAGAAGUUGAGACGAAACGAGAACAACAGCAAUUGGCUCAAUGAUAAAGAAAUGUACGAUGAUGCCGCGCUGGAUAAUCAAUACCACAUGAUGCACCAGGAGCAUCAGGAGCAUUUCGAAGACGCCAAGGAAGAAGAGCAGGAGGGUUCCACCACGUCAGAUGGCUCUUGCGAAAUCCUGACCUGA